AUGGCGCCGCGGCGAGGAGAAGGGUCUGGCGGAGGUGGGCGGGGCCGUGGACUGCCCCGGGCCAUCUUGUCGUCGACGCGAAAUGCGCGAGGUUUGUUGGCAGCCACCCUUGUAAUGACGAAGACCAGGAAGGUGGAGUCGGAGAUGAAGACGACGAAGGAAGCAUCGCCGGCGAUGGCAAGGAAGAUGGCACGACCGAUGAUUGAAGACGAGAAGGGAAGAGACGGCAGCUCCUCUCUUACCGCAGUGCAACCCUACAACAAUUGGGGUUCUGAGCCUUGGGCCUUGAGGGUUUCGCGUGGGCCAGCUUGCGAAGCAAAAAGGUUGGAAAUAGGUAGGCCACAUCGGAGAGGGAAAGAUGAGCCAAUGGAAAGCAUGCCUGACCGUGCGAAGAGUCUUGUUGGGCUCAUUGCGGGACAGCCUGGUGGAUUUCUUCUGGGCCAAACGAACAAGCAUAUUGGGCUGAAGUUUGGAGGGGAGUGGAAUGAUGUCGAUCACACCUCGCAGAAGAGCUUGGGGGCUGCACUGGUUAGCGAUUCGACUAGUUCCGGGAAGUGGAAUAGAGCUAUCGAAUGGGAAUGA